ACGACCGGUGGGCCCGCCUUACCCGUUGUUUCCAUCUGAAUUCUGGUCGGAGACAAAAUCCACUGCGUCGUCCGUACGCCACCGACAUCCUUCCGCCGCCGACCUUCCCCCUCCGCCGCUACAUCUAAAACCCUACCGCGGCUGGCUCCGAUCAAAUCUCACGCCAAAACAAAUCUCACGCGAACCAACCACAGCAAUUUCGUCUCGCAACCACAGCAAUUUCGUCGCAAGCAAUGCUCCGCCCCUCCGCCGCCGCAGCUUUCCGAUCUGCAGAUCCGGCGGCGCGCGGAGCCAUGGCGUUGCAGCAGCAGCACAACCUGCCUCGCUCAACUACUGCAGCGCAAGGGACGCACUGCCUCCCCUCCACCGAAGCUGCGUUCCGCCCAGCAAAUCCGGCGGCGCGCGGCGACAAGGCUCAGCGGCAGAGCCUUGCUCCCCCAACCACUGCGGCGCAAGGAAAGCACCACCACUCAUCCGCUACAGCGUCUCGGCCGACAGGUCCGGCGGCGCGCGGCGCCAUGGAGUUCGAUUACUUCGUAGUCAUCGACUUCGAGGCCACCUGCGAGCGAGAUUCAAGAAUCUACCCGCAGGAAAUUAUCGAGUUUCCUGCGGUCCUCGUCGACGCCGCCACCGGAGGCCUCGUCUCAUCGUUCCGCACAUACGUGAGGCCUCGGCACCACCCGCGCCUCACCGAAUUCUGCUCUGAGCUGACGGGAAUCCGGCAAGACCAGGUCGACGGCGGCGUGGAUCUUGAGCAGGCGCUGGCGAUGCACGACGCGUGGCUGAAGGAGGCGGGCGCCGCCAAGAACAGCCUCGCCGUCGUCACUUGGGGCGAUUGGGACUGCCGCACAAUGCUUGAGUUUGAAUGCAGCUUCAAGUGCCUCACCAAGCCGUCCUACUUCAACCAGUGGGUCAACCUCAGGAUCCCCUUCGAAGCAGUGUUUGGCGCUGGGCGGCGCAACCUUCAGGAGGCAGUCGCAGAGGCGGGUCUGCAGUGGAACGGCCGCCUACACUGCGGGCUCGACGAUGCCCGCAACACGGCGUGCCUCCUCGCAGAGCUGAUGCAGCGAGGGGCGACCAUCUGUAUCACCGGCUCUCUGGCGCCACCGCCUCAUCCAGAGCCGCAGCCGCAGCCGCAGCAAAUACUUCAGCCGCAACAGCCUCCAGUGAAUCGUAGCUUAAGCUCGUGCUUCAGUGGCGCUGUUGCUGCAGACUGCUACUGCUACUGCGGCAUGGCUAUCCGAAGAGGGGUGAUGGCCACGCCAGGGCCAAUGCAAGGGCAUCACUUCUUCAUCUGUGGCAAUUGGACACCAUCUUUGGGGCCGGUGUGCCCUUUCUUUGUCUGGGCGGCCUGAUUGCCGGCCGUCCGGACUCCAUCGCGUCUUCGUCAAUCUUCAUUAAGGUCUCCCUGUCCCUGAUGAGAUCAAGCUGCGAGUUACUUCCCCUGUUCAGAUGCAUCGUCAACCAUGAAAAGCUAAGUUUCUGAUAUCUGCCCCUUGCCGAAUGCAAACUAUAUCUUUAUAUCUUGUUUCCUCUUUUCCAACCUUGAAUCUGCAAUUCUUUAGCCAUUCGGUAUCAUUUUCAUUCAUGCCUCCACAGGGUAUAUGUUUAUGCCUGCAUAAUCAGCUGUAGAUAAUUAUCUCAAUAUCUUUUUUUAGGUAGCUUAGUGCUAUUACAUGUAAUUUUUUUCACUCACCUCACCAUUUACUGCACCACUCAUCUUCCAUUACGUUAUUACAUCAUAAUUUGCAGUAGGCUACUCAUUGAAUGCAUAUCUGCUUCCUCUCUUUGCAGUAGGCCAUUCAUAUCCUGAUACUAGAGUUCUGAUACUAGGCAUCCUUUUGCAUGGUCCAAUCUCAGUUACAUGUUAUGUUAUUACUAAUCAUUCUGAUACUAGUGAUUCUUUAUCCUUAAUUAUAGUUGCUAAUAAUUAAUUUUAAUAUGCAUGUAUGAUGGCUGUCAUUUAGCUAAUGUUAAUUUGCCUGGGAUCACAGACCGCCAUUCUUUCUAGAGUUCUGUUUUCCUAUACAAUAGCAGAAUUUACAGUUGCUAAUCAUUGAUUAGACAGUUCAAAUUUGCAAAAUCUGCAUCUAAGAUCGCUGUCAUUUAGCAAAUAUGUUCAAUUUGGUCGGGAUCACAGUACUGCCAUUAUUUUUAGAGUUCUGUAUUUCUACAUGGUAGCCUACAUAGCCUAAUACGCUAAUGAAACUGUCAUUCUUUCAUUUACAACUACUUUUUACUAAUCAGAUCUACAGAUCAUGUGGUUGGUCUGGGCAUAAUGUGAAACAAAGUAGUGUCUACUUUUUAUGACCAUGUAUCAAUUUCUGUCUUUUUGUGUUUGUACACUGAAAGUCAAUGCCUGUCUUUUUUUUUUUGGUAUCAUUAGCACAUCUUUUUAUCCCACAAAUUCAUAUUUCCUCCUUUUUUUUACAGAUGAUACCCUACUACAAGGCUACUCGGCAUAAAUCCAGGAGGGAUCUCAGGAUCGUCUUGUGAUCGCUACGUGUUAACAAUGGUUUAUUCCAGCUGUGUGAUGCUGACUGUAUGGGCCCUUGAGAAAGUUUCCAUUCAGCUGAUAAUGAUGUGGCACAGCAAGCCAGGGAUGGAGAACUGCCUACUGAUCAAGGCAGUCACGCAAGCAAUACUCUAUGUCAUGUUUCAAGUUGACGAGAGGAUUAUGUGAGCAUAUCGGCGCGACUAUCAGAGGCUUCUGGUGGGGGGUUGCUUGGGAGGAGAUGAUCAAGCCCGAGCAGUGGCAUUGUGAGGGCUCGGGUUCUGAGAUAUCGAGCUGUUCAACCAAGCCUUGCUAGCCCGGCAAGCAGGAUUCUGAACGGGACCACCUCCCUGAGCGUGAGGAUAUUCAAAGCUGUGUAGGACCCGUGCGUGGAUUUCCUGGAAGCAGAACUGGGCACAGGACCAUCACAUGUAUGGCCUGCAAUCAUAGAAGGGAAUGAUCUGCUAAUGCAAGGGAUCAUCCGCAGGAUUGGGAGCGGUGAGGCAACAAACAUAUGGAGUAUGAACUGGUUACCACAAGACAACCAGCUCCGGCCGUUCCGUUCAGCACCUCGUGCCCAAAUGCACUACAGUGGGUUCACGAGUUGAUUGACCCACUCUAUCAUGGGAUCAACAGAAGCUACAAGCCUUUUUUUCUAUCCGAUGGGUGCAGAGGUAAUCAGUUCCAUCCCAUUGACCACCAGGCAACAAAGACUUUGGGCCUGGCAUUUAGACAAGGACUAGCACUUGCAAAUGGCUUAAGUGCUGCACUGGGUCAGGUUGGCGAGUGACUGCACAAAUGCAAUGAUAAGUAUUGCACAAACCACGCUGGAACCAUACAGCCAGAUCAUCAAGGAGAUCAAAGAAGAUGUACCGGCUUUCCAGGAGAUGAGUUUGUUCAUGAAAGAAGAGAAGCAAACCCCGACGCCCACGUGCUGGUGAGGAGCUCUCUUUUCAGCUCAAUCGGCCAGCAUAUUUGGCUUUUUGAUCCGCCAGAUGGCGUUUGUAAUUCUUAUUCGAUGACUUAAUAUGAGCGUCAGAGUCAAAAAAAAGAUCACUUCUGUUAUUUGCAUAUAUGCACAUCUAUAUUCUGUAAUGUUCAUGAAGUUUAAUAUGUCACCUAUAAAAUUUGUAGUCUGUGCACAUAUAUUUGUGUUGAAUCUGUACUGUGUAAAUUUGAAAUCUGCAGUUUUUGUGUGCA